GCGCCUACGGAUUCGUCGCGCGUCUCCUCGCUGAGUGCCCUGCCUCGCGGUAUCGGCGGUCGCGAUGAGGGUGAAGGUGAUAUCGCGCUCGACGGAGGAUUUCACGCGCGAGCGUAGCCAGGACCUGCAGAAAGUAUUCCGCAAUUAUGAUCCAGCGCUUCGUAGCCAAGAGAAAGCGGUCGAGUACACUCGGGCCCUCAAUGCUGCAAAGCUAGAGAAGAUAUUUGCCAAGCCCUUUGUUGGGGCAAUGGAUGGUCACAUUGAUGCUGUUUCGUGCAUGGCGAAGAACCCCAAUUAUUUGAAAGCUAUGUUCUCUGGCUCAAUGGAUGGGGAUAUUCGACUAUGGGACAUUGCUGCAAGGAAGACAAUCUGCCAGUUCCCUGGUCACAAGGGUGCUGUGAGAGGUUUGGCAACCUCUACUGAUGGUGAUCUUCUGAUAUCCUGUGGUGUUGACAGCACUGUUCGACUCUGGAAAGAUCCUAUGCGUAAGAUGAUGGACACUAAUGAUGCAAUUGGAGAUGCUUCUCAGCCGUCAGCAGUCUAUACCUGGAAGCAUGCAUUUUGGGGUGUUGACCACCAGUGGGAUGGAACUAUUUUUGCAACCGUAGGUGCUCAGGUAGAUAUAUGGGAUCAUAACAGGUCAGAGCCAAUAAAUAGCUUCACAUGGGGUAACGAUACAGCAAAUUCUGUGCGGUUUAAUCCUGGAGAACCGGAUGUUUUAAUCACAUCAGCCAAUGAUCGGAGUUUAACUCUUUAUGACCUACGCAUGUCAUCCCCGGCUAGAAAGCUAAUCAUGAAGACAAGGUGCAAUUCAGUAUGCUGGAACCCUAGGGAGCCCAUGAACUUUACUGCUGCAAAUGAAGAUACAAACUGUUACUCGUUUGAUGCUAGAAAGCUGAAUGAAGCAAAGAUUGUUCACAAGGGCCAUGUUUCAGCAGUGAUGGAUAUUGAUUAUUCACCAACAGGACGGGAAUUUGUUACUGGUUCCUACGAUAGAACGGUACGCAUCUUCAAUUAUAACGGUGAUCAGAGCAGAGAGAUAUACCAUACUAAGAGGAUGCAAAGGGUGUUUUGUGUGAAAUACACAUAUGAUGGAACUUAUCUAGUUUCUGGCAGUGAUGAUACAAAUCUUCGACUGUGGAAGUCCAAAGCUUCAGAACAAUUGGGAGUUAUUCUUCCAAGGGAACGUAAAAAGCAAGAAUAUCUAGAUGCUGUCAAGGAGCGGUAUAAGCACCUUCCGGAAAUCAAGCGGAUUGUCAGGCAUAGGCACUUGCCUAAGCCAAUCUACAAGGCAGGCAACAUAAGGCGCACCAUGAUUGAAGCAGAAAAACGCAAAGAAGAUAGAAGGCGGGCACACAGUGCCCCAGGCAGCAGGACUUCGCAGCCCUUCAGGAAGAGAAGACUCAUCAAAGAAGUCGAGUAAGCGUGGUUCUGACUAUCGCGAGGCCAAACAGUGAUAUUCCGGCACAUUAUUUUGUGGAGGCUGAAUUGAGAACUUGAGGGUGCGCAAGGCGGGAAGGUGCUGGACUGCCUCUUCUAUGUGUUGUAAUUUGUUUUUGUUAACUUGCAGACCUUGUUACAGUGUGUAGCAGAUUAUUUGGGAAAUGCAAAAAACUUAGAAUGCAUGCACAACAUGCCUUUCUCAA